AAAAACCUCGAAAACAUUGUGGGAAGUUUGUCAGCGGCGGACGCUUUGUUUAUCUCCACUAAAACACCACUAAUUGCUGUAUUUCCGUGUGAAUAUCGAGUGGAAUCCCUGAAAGAUGUCUAAAGCUCACCCACCAGAGUUGAAGAAGUUCAUGGACAAGAGGAUGAGCCUCAAGCUGAACGGGGGCCGCACCAUUGUGGGCAUUCUCAGAGGAUUCGACCCCUUCAUGAAUGUGGUGAUCGACGAGACGAUAGAGGAGUGCAGAGACGGUUCCCGCAACAAUAUUGGAAUGGUGGUCGUCCGGGGGAACAGCAUCAUCAUGGUGGAGGCACUGGAUAGAAUAUAGAAUACCGCUAUACAUUACCCCAACACACGAAGUAAAGCAGGAGAGUUAAAAAGAUUGUUGUUUCUUGGAACAUUUUUCUCUCAUCCAGUAAAUUUCAAUACUCCUU